CAUGCGCACACGCACCACGUAUGUUAACGUUCCACAUGGUGGUAUGAUUGUUGUAUGUCAUUAAAACAUUUCUUUAUUUUUUUGUUGUAACUGCAGCAGAUGUAAUUCGAUUUAAUGGGAGGCCACAAGACAAAGGGGAAGAGGAAAAGGCAAAAAAGAGGACAUGCAAAAGGUGAAAAUAAAGGUGUGAAGGAACUGACAGCAAGAACUCACCAUGAAGAGGAUCCAAUGGAAGAUGGUAAAACCAAGAUCACAAUGAAAAGUAAAGAGAAUGAGCCUAAAAAGAAAGCAGCUUAUAGUGUUGACCAAAUAAUAGAUAAGGCUGAAGAAUGUUUAGAUACCUUCAAUUUUGAGAUGGCUCAGAAAUACUGCCAGAAGGCGCUGGAGAUUGAACCAGACAAUGUCCGAGUGCUCGAGAUGACAGGAAAUAUGUUGGUAGAGAUUGGAGAUAUUGAAGGAGCUAAGAAAUGUUUUGGUAGGGCAGUAACUGUUUGUCCUGAUUCUGGGUUUGCUAAAUACAUGUAUCUGGGACAAGUUUUUGAGGGACAACAAGCCAUUGAAUGUUUUACCAAAGGAAUUGAUAUAAUGUUGAAAGAACGGCAAGAGAGAAAUGCAGAAGAGAGUGAAGGAGCAUGUGCAAUGACCUCUGAGGGAGGUGUAUCAGAUGGUGAUGUUGCCCGUGCAUAUUGUUCAAUAGCAGAGAUAUAUCUAACAGAUUCAUGCUUUGAAGACAAGGCAGAAACCCAGUGUUAUGAGCAUCUAGAAAAAGCAUUGCAGUACAGCCCACACAGCCCAGAGGCCUACCAGCUAAUGGCAAGCUACUUCCUUAGUAUCGAGUCUAAUCAGCAAGCCAAAGAAAUGAUCAACAAGAGUGUAUCACUAUGGCUACCAAAAUUAAAAGAAGUAGAAGGCAGCAAAGCAGCAGGAGACAAGUUUGACCCCGUAGAGACUUGUCCAAUGAGCUACCUCAGUCGAGUUGGAGCUAUCAAGAUUCUUAUAGAAGUUGAGGAAUUUGAUGUUGCUGAAGAAAUAUUACAGAUGUUGUUGGAGGAGGAUGAUGAAGUUGUUCAAGUGUGGUAUCUGCUUGGUUGGCUCCAUGUUUUACAAGAUACCGAUGAAGAUAAAUCAUACGCUAGAUAUUUUUUACACAAAGCCAUGAAGCUAAGCCAAAAAGAUGAAGGAGAAUAUGCAUCCAUGAUACAGCAUACUAAUGAGCUAUUAGAAAAACUCGGACCAGGAGAUGGAGAUGCAGAGGAUUGGCUCGAGAAGCAGAUAUUGGAAGCAGUUGAGAAUGAGGAUGAUGAUGACGAUGAAAUGUCAAGUGAUAAUGAAGAAGAAGAUAUGGAACAAUGAUAAGAGAUGUUCCAUCAUUGAUGUGUUUGCUGAUAGCCAGUCCCAUCCUAUAUGUUUACUAUUAAAAUCAAAAGCUUUUUCUAUAAUAUAAAUCUUCAAGUAAACUGUAGGCUUCCGUGGUUCUAAAAAGAACUAUGAUUGGUCAGAAGUUACCUAUACAUUGUGGCAGGUGUCCCAAGUUGGAAGAAGUCAUUUCUGGGAGAUUUGGUUAAAUGAGCCUUCUUAACACGUCUAAUUUCAUUUUGCUCCACAUAGCAACAGCCAUCGGCACUGACUUCCGUGAGACAAUUGAUAAUAAAGCAGUGAAAUUAUUCAACUAUUAUGAAUUUGCAGGAGAUGGGAUAUUUUCCAGAAGAUUUCAUGUUUGCUUUUCGGGAGUGUGGGAGGUUGUCCCGAUUUUCAGUGAGACUCCCGCGAGUUGCAAUCAUCUUCAUCAGAAUAGUGAAGAAUGGUUAGUGUUGACCUUAAUGUAAACAUUGCUUGAUAAACACUUGUUUAAGAUAUACUGUGAAAAGGAUGGUAUGUGAAGAGAGAAGACAUGAUUGGUAUUGGGGUAUUGACCUAAAAGUGUUCCACAAUUUGUCUGGUGAUUUUACAUGUAUGAAUGAAGAAUGAUGGAUAACCAUAAGUAUUCAUCUUACGUGGCCAUCUCUUCAAUCCCGACAAGGUACCUUCCCACAUUCGCGCAGAAUUUUGUGUACACUUCACCAUUUUACUAAGUUGUUUCCAAAUAUAUUUUGCGCAUGCUGCGGAAUAUGGAUAGCUUGAUAUUGAUCCCAAGGUAUGGUCAGGGCCUCUCUAUGAACAGAUAACCUUCUGAGAGAAAGUUCCGAAAUAUGUUUUUUAAUAGCUUUUAAUUAAUUUUUUUGCCACAUUUUAGGCAAAUUCAACUUUGAUAAAAAAAAAUAAAUAAAAAGCACAUAACAUAAAGUGCUACAAUGUUUAAUCAUUAAGAGACAGUAGAAAGUUAAUAUUGUUAACAAAUUGCUAAUAAAAAAAAUAUAUUUUAAUCAAGAAAGAUAUAUUUUAUGCAAUCCUAAUGUUUUAUUUAUUGAGCAAUGCAAUAUCACUUUUAUUAAAUGUACUUUAUUAUUAAAGAUUGCAUAUACAGUACUGUAUACGUUGUAUGUAUACAUAUGCAGGAGUGAUUAUAUUUAUUAAAUAAAUCCAGUUUCCUUUAAAGUCAA